AAAACAUUAGUACAAAAUUGAAAGACCCACCGAUUGAAUUCAACUACCUUUCUUCCUCCCUUGUGCCCCCAAAUAAAUACCAACGACGUCGCUUUCUUCCUUUUCCUCUUUCUCUAACUUCCUUCCCAAUUUACAACUACACCUCACUCACUUCCGGCUUUGCUUCACCAAUUCUCACACACAUUCACCAAAUUCUCACGCACCUACAUUGGUUGCAUUCCGCUUUCACUCGCUUCACAAAUCAUUGCGUAAUAAUUCAGCAUUUCUGUUUCCGGAGAUUUUGUUUCGCGGUGAACAAGCACUUUUUUUUUUUUUUUUUUUAUGUGUGUGUGAUGGUGUUGCGGAUUUGAUGAUUGAGCUUCAGGAGAAGUCUCUCGAGAGCUGAGCGCAGCCUGUGUUAUUAAUGGAGGCGGAGAGAGCUCGAGCGGAAAACCGGAGCCUCAGGCUCGAUGGAGUGGCAAUGGAGAGAAGUAAGAGCUUUGUUACUGCAUUGCAGGAACUCAAGAACCUCAGGCCCCAACUAUACUCUGCUGCAGAAUACUGUGAGAAGUCUUACCUUCACAGUGAGGAAAAGCAAAUGGUGUUGGACAAUCUUAAGGAUUAUGCUGUACGAGCUCUAGUGAAUGCAAUCGACCACCUUGGUACUGUUGCUUACAAGUUGGGUGAUAUCCUGGAGCAACAGACAUUGGACAUCUCAUCAAUGGAGCUGAAAGUUACAUGUCUAAAUCAGCAACUUCUGACGUGCCAAAUAUAUACGGAAAAAGAAGGUCUGAGGCAGCAGCAGUUAUUAGCUAUCAUCCCAAGGCAUCACAAACAUUAUAUCUUGCCAAAUUCUGUGAACAAGAAGGUGCACUUUAACCCACAUAUUCAGACUGAUCCUAGGCAACCAACACUAGCAAGAGCCCGUAUUUAUCCUCCAGGUGCUACAGCUGCAAAAACUCUCUCUUGGCAUUUAGCAUCUGAAACCAAGUCGACUUUGAAAGUCCCUGCACGUGGUAUUAUAAGCAAUGAAAACUCGCAAACAUAUGGGAAAACUUCCGGGGCGGCCAACAUGUUAGAUAUUGAAGAGAAUGCACGGAUGAAAUCCACACCGGCUUCAAGUGUAGCGAUGCAAACACUGGGUGUUGUACAACGGGAUGCUUUUGAGGGCUCGAAACCUUUGACUCCAUACCGGUCAUUUGACAAUCUUAUUCAAAGAGGAAUAGUUCGACCUCCUGUUCGCAGUAGGAGUGUCCUCUCAGCUUUCUUUGUCAAACAAAAGACCCCAAGAUUGAGGACGGGCGCGUAACCCCUCGACCAAACUACAAUCUGGAUUUUAGAUCGUUUCAGAUGUUUCAUCAGGUUAGAAGCUAUCAAUAUGGACCUUUUACUUUGAUCAAUCAUUUAACUAGCAGGCGUAUCGUAUCAUCCAAUCUUUCCCUGUUGUGCAUCAAUAAACUAGCAGUAAGGUAGAGAAAAUAUUUGAGGGUUUCCAUUUCUUGAUGUUAUCAUAUGUUGUCUUGUACAUGUUGAUUUGAUCAGACAGUUCUGUUUUCACGUGCA